AUGCACCCUCGCAACCCAUACGCAAGCACACGCCCAGAUUUCGCCCAACUCGCAGCGUCCAACCCAACCCUCAAGCCCUAUGUCACCGUCACAGACCACGGCCCUUCAAUCGACUUUCACGAUGCUGCAGCCCUAAGAGCUCUCACUGCGGCGCUGCUCAAGACCGAUUUCAACCUCGAUGUAGACCUGCGCGACGACAGGCUGUGUCCGACUAUUGCGAACAGGCUCGACUACAUCCUCACAUGCCUGGACGUUGCCCAGCACGCACCUGCCGCGCCCCUCCGCGCACUCGACAUUGGUACCGGCCAUGUCGCCAUCUACGCUCUCCUCCUGCACCGUCUCCGCGCCGACGCACAUAUCUACGCGUCCGAGCUGGACCCCACGUCGCUCGCACACGCCACGCAUGUCGUCGCGGCCAACGGUGCCGCAGCAGCCAUCACCCUCCUCCCAGGCUGCACGGACGGCUACUCGCUCCUAGCGUGGCUCGGCACCCCGUCCAUCCCAGCGACGACCGCCUCCCGGCUGUCAUUCACACUGUGCAACCCGCCCUUCUUCGCGUCCGACGCCGAGGCCGUCGCCCUGCGUGAAUCCAAGGCGGGCCCAGCCCCCGCCGCGCCGACGUGCUCGGCCAACGAGGAAAUCACGCGUGGUGGCGAAGAGAGCUUUAUCGGCCAGAUGGUUGACGAGAGCCGCCAGCACCGAGACCAAGUGUGCUGGUUUACGUCCUUGGUAGGCCGGUAUGCGUCCCUGGGGCCGCUGGUGGCCAGAGUCAAGCGCGUGACGGACAACUACGCCGUCAUCAAGCUCCAGCAGAGCCGGACCGCGCGGUGGGUGCUCGUAUGGGGGUAUACGCCGUACAGGCUGCCUGACAGCAUCACCCGCCCCGCCGUCGUCGAGCCCGGGACGAGCUUUGCCCACCUCCUACCUCUCUCCAACUCGUUCUCCAUCCGUCCCACCCCGCCACGCACUGCCGACCAGCUACGCGAGGCCGUCAUGGCCGUGCUCCAGGACGUGGACCUUGUGCCCCUAGUCCAAGCGGCAGAGGCAACACAAGGCCAGGACGAGGACGGGGACGGGGACGAGGCCAAGGUCGAUGCCGAAGGUGAGAUCUCGGCGCGUGCAACCGGAACGACCACGUUCCAGCUCGACCUGGCACCAAUGGUCAACUCGUGGUCGCGCGCUGCGCGCCGCGCACGAGCUCAGGCUCAGGCUCAGCCGGCUCCGGUGGAGCAAGACCAACCCGCCAACGGCGCCGCCGAGCCAGCCCUAGCCGACAAGCCUGCGACGGCGACCGCGACGGAACCUCUGCCCGAGACUGAACCGCUCUUCCGCGCCCGUCUGGUCAUUGUCACUCCCGCCGACGGCGCCCAAGGCGCCGACGCCGAUGCCCCUCAGGUCCUCGGCGCACGCGUCACCCUCGAGUGGACAUGGGGCCGGGACCGCACCCUCGUCGAUGCGUUUUGGAAAGACUAG